CCGUCCAUUCGCCUUUCUUUCUCUGUCCUGUCUGCCUUGGAAGCCCGGUCGACUCGAGGGAAGAAGGCAAGAACAAAACACAAAACCCCCCCGGCCCCCCCCCUGUUCCCCCGCCCUCCGUUCUUCGAUCUCAACGAUAAUAAUAAUUGUUACUUGUAUUAAUAACGAGAGAUGCGGAGGUUCCCACUUCCACCGGAGAGAUGAGAGCAAGCCCUUCCUGUCCCCCACCGGUUGCCAUGGAGAGUUCGCAGCUGCCGCCGGCGAGCUCCAACGCGCUGAUCGCGACGCUCUCUAACGCCGUCCAGGCCCUCGGCCGGGGCUUCGAUGUUACCUCCGACACCCGCCUCCUCUACUGCAAGGGCGCCCCCGGCUCCCGGCUCGUGCUUGUCGACGAGGGACGCACCAGGGACUUCGUGAUCUCCGACGACGGCGACGUCGUCCUCCCCGAUGUCUCCUGGGAUAUCGAUAUCUUUAGGGAGCAGGGCCAGGCGGAGACCACGCCGGCGUAUAGCUUUCAGCAAAUGGCUGAAUAUUUUAAUAACAAGUCAGGGUUAUCCGAGAAUGUACCUCUUGGCAGUUUCAAUUCCAUGUUCAGUUUUACUGGCUCUUGGAAAAUUGAUGCUGCAGCAACAAAAGCCCUUGCAAUGAAUGGUUAUUUUAUGCCUCUAUAUAAAGUUAUACUUAUGAAUGCUGAAUUGGUGUUGCGAGAAGAUGUCAGGCGUGCUGUUCCACGGAGCUGGGAUCCAUCAUCUUUGGCUAGCUUUAUCGAGAAUUUCGGUACCCACAUUGUUACAUCUGUGACUAUUGGAGGUAAAGAUGAAAUAUAUAUUAAGCAGCACCAUUCAUCUCAAUUGUCAGCAUCUGACAUUGAAAAGUAUGUGAAAGACAUUGGGGACCAAAGAUUUUUAAACUUGGAAAACCAGUCGAAUGCUGCUCUCUUUAAUUACGAGGACAAGAUUGCAGAUCCAUCUCUUCUUAACAACCGUGACAUGCAGUCAUAUCCAUCAAGUGUUCCACAUCUAAGCGGAAAGGAGGAUGUUACAGUAAUCUUUAGAAGAAGAGGUGGUGAUGAUCUUGUUCAAAAUCAUGAUGAGUGGAAGAACACUGUUCCUUCAGCACCAGAUGUUAUUAACAUGACCUUUAUACCCAUUGUUUCUCUUUUAAAUGGACUUCCCGGAAUCCAGUAUUUGGCUCGUGCAAUUGAUCUAUAUUUGGAGUAUAAGCCUCCUAUAGAGGAGCUGCAGUAUUUCCUGGAGUUUCAAAUGCAGCGAGUUUGGGCUCCAGCACCAUCUAGUAUUCCUGGUCACCAGAGAAAGGAACCUGUAUGCCCUUCGCUUCAGUUUAGUUUGAUGGGCCCCAAGCUGUAUAUCAGCUCAGAGCAGAUAUCUGUUGGUCGGAAACCAGUCACUGGGCUCAGGCUGUGUCUGGAAGGAAGCAAGCAGAACCGGCUGGCCAUCCAUUUACAGCACCUUGCUUCCCUUCCAAAGAUUCUCCUACCCCACUGGGACUCUCAUGUGGCAAUUGGGCCACCGAAAUGGCAAGGCCCUGAAGAACAGGACAGCCGCUGGUUUGAACCAAUCAAAUGGAAGAACUUUGCCCAUGUCAGCACUGCACCAAUAGAGAACACUGAAACUAACAUUGGGGACCUUUCUGGUGUCUACAUUGUGACAGGGGCUCAGUUGGGGGUGUGGGAUUUUGGUGCCAAGAGUGUCUUAUACCUCAAACUAUUAUUCUCCAGAGUUCCUGGGUGUACCGUAAGGAGAUCAGUGUGGGAUCACAGUCCGUCCAAGACUCUCGCACCAUGUCCAGAUGAUACAUCAUCUUCGAGUGACAAGUCUAGUCAGCUCAGUAAACUUGCAAAGAUAGUUGACAUGACAGAGAUGUCAAAGGGACCAGAAGAUACGCCGGGCCACUGGUUAGUUACAGGAGCAAAGUUGGGGAUCGAGAAGGGGAAGAUUGUUGUACGUGUAAAGUAUUCCUUGUUAAACUACUGAAUCUGGUGCUGUUUGUUUCCAUGUUCACCAUCCUAGGACACAUUCUUUCCAAACUAGCUAUCGUUCUUUUGUUCUUACUGUAGAUUCUUGGAUGUCGAUGUUAUUUAUCGGAGGGCUUUUCCUCUUGGUUUUGUUAAUUUUUUUGUUUCUGUUAUAGAUUAAAAGUUUUCAGUUGAUGUACACUGUUAUCUUUGAAUAACAUAUUUUGAUGCUUAAAGUUAUAUUCACGCAGACUUGAAUGAAGAAAAUCUUUUAACAU